AUGAGUGAUGUGAAAUACCCACAUUCAGCUCUAACCCCUACCUAGGAGAGCAUCAGAGAACCACUGUCCACCAUUUGCCUCCUAGAGGGGUUCUGCAGACAGAGAGUACAAGGAGUGCUUCUCCCUGUAUGACAAGCAGCAAAGAGGGAAGAUUAAGGCCACAGAUCUUCUGGUGUCCAUGAGGUGCCUAGGGGCUAGCCCCACGCCUGGGGAAGUGCAGCGGCACCUUCAGACUCAUGGGAUAGACAAGCAUGGAGAGCUGGAUUUCUCCACCUUCCUGACCAUUAUGCACAUGCAAAUCAAGCAAGAGGACCCAAAGAAAGAAAUCCUUCUGGCCAUGCUGAUGGCAGACAAGGAGAAGAAAGGUUACAUCAUGGCGUCCGAGCUGAGGUCGAAACUCAUGAAACUGGGAGAGAAGCUCACUCACAAAGAAGGUACCAGCCUGGCUGGCUCUGAGCCAUCUGGGAAGGGUUAGGGAACUCUGGGGAGGGCAGUGUUGUGUUGCCCACCCAAGGCUGUGUAGACAGCAAGAUGAUGAAUGGCCCGGAACCUUGAGAGCAGAGGUAAAGCUGGCUGAAAUGUGGGACUGGAGUUUAAGGCAGAACCAGAGGGGAGAGGCAUG